CAAAGAAAAGUCAAAACAUUUUUUUCCAAAAGAAAACAAACAAGCAUUUUCCAUAAAAUUUAACAAAAAUAUUCUUAAUUCCAUAAAAAUAUUUAGCUUAUAAUGGCAAAUGAUCGUGAAGUUUUGCGAAUUGUUUGGGAGGGACAGAUUCCAGUUUGUUUUCAAGCUGAUUCCGAUGAAAUAGCAGGACUUCAACAGCCCAAUCAGUUCUAUUUAAUGGUUUCUCGAUUGAGUUACCUUCCUCUAGUUACUGACAAAGUGAAAAAGUAUUUUAAUAGAUAUAUAGCCAAUGACCAACAGGAUGGUAAUGUUUGGUUCGACUACAAUGGCAUUCCCUUAAAGUUACACUAUCCAAUUGGAGUGUUAUUCGAUCUGUACCAUUCGGAAGAGGAUGAUCUGCCAUGGAAUCUAACGAUUCACUUUUCUAAAUUUCCCGAAGAUGUUCUAGUUAAGUUUGCUACAAAAGAUAUAUUAGAAGCUCAUUUUAUGUCUUGUUUAAAAGAAGCCGAUGUCCUUAAACAUCGAGGACAAGUUAUUUCAGCUAUGCAGAAAAAAGAUCAUAAUCAGUUAUGGUUGGGAUUGGUUAAUGAUAAAUUUGAUCAAUUCUGGGCAGUCAAUAGGCGAUUAAUGGAACCAACUGGUGACCAUGAAUCUUUUAAGAAUAUUCCUGUAAGAUUUUAUAAUGAGGAUGGAACGUAUUUACAAAAAUUAAUAGCCCCGCUUAACGAAUCUGGGCAAAAAAGGACGGUUCAGGAUCUUCUAACCGAAUUUUCAACACCUGUUCGACACGCCGGUGGUAUUCGCACUCAUGGCAUCGAUAUUCACGCCGAUACACCUUUACAAUGGAUGUCCGAACACCUGAGUUAUCCCGACAAUUUCCUUCAUCUCUUCAUAAACUAUGAAAAUGUCUAACCUGCAUUAGCAAUGACUUUAUUUUAUAAAAUAAAAAAGUUCUUAUCAUUCGAUCUGGGAUGCUUCUUAUAUUAUUUCUACUCAUAUUAUUUGUGUUUCCUUUAUUGCAUUAAAUUGUAUUAAUAUUAAUAUAUUCAGCUUGUCAGCACAA